AUUAAUGCAGUGUACGAGAGAGUGAAAUAUUAAUUUUCAUUAUUAACAAUUAAGUAACAAAGUAAAUAGAAAUUUAUGACGUGACAUAAGUACUAACAAAAUACAACAACGCUUGGUGGUUCAAUUAAGGAAGUUUUGUUAUUUUUGUUAUGGGGCGGUUAACAUUUUGGGUCCUGCUAGGACUAACGUUAUUUACCGUCUCAUGUCAUGAUGCAUUCGCUAGCGGAUCUGAAAUUGGACCAAGUGAAUCCGAAUGUCGCCCUUACAUUGAAAAGGCUAUAAACGAGCUCAAAACAGGCACAACGAAUGAUGACGAUGAUGGCAUGCAAUCUGAUCAGCCGGCUGACGAUCAACUGGAAACUGUGGAAAUAGAGGAUGUGGAUUCGACUGAAGAUAGAAAGAAAUUACCUAAAGAACGUGAUAUCGACGAAGAUGGCAUACCAAAUGAAGAAGAUAGCGACAUAGAUGGCGAUGUUAUACCAAAUGAACAAGACGAAGAUAUGGAUGGAGAUGGUAUAUUGAAUAUACACGAUGAAGAUAUGGAUGGCGAUAUAAUACCGAAUACAGAAGACUCUGAUAUGGAUGGUGAUGGUGUACCUAAUGUCGAAGAUCAUGAUCUUGAUGGUGAUGGUGUACCAAAUACUGAGGAUCAUGAUCUCGAUGGUGAUGGUGUACCAAAUGUUGAAGAUCACGAUCUUGAUGGUGAUGGCGUACCAAAUGUGCAGGAUCAUGACAUAGAUGGUGAUGGUGUAUCAAAUGUCGAUGAUCAUGAUAUCGAUGGUGAUGGUGUUUCAAAUGUUGACGAUCAUGAUAUCGAUGGUGAUGGUGAAGCAAAUGAGGAAGACACUGAUAUUGAUGGAGAUGGUGUACCAAAUGUAGAAGAUACUGAUAUUGAUGGCGAUGGUAAACGUAAUGAAGAUGAUAAAGAUAUUGAUGGUGACGGUUUGUUAAAUGAAGAAGAUAAGGAUAUCGAUGGAGAUGGUGUUUUAAAUAUUGAUGAUCAUGAUAUUGAUGGUGAUGGUCAGCGCAAUGAAGAAGAUAAAGAUAUUGAUGGUGACGGUCUUUUGAAUGUUGAGGAUCAUGAUAUUGAUGGUGAUGGUGUACCUAAUGUUGAUGAUCAAGAUAUCGAUGGUGAUGGUGACCCAAAUGAGAAGGAUACUGAUUUAGAUGGUGAUGGUGUACCAAAUCUUGAAGAUAAGGAUAUUGAUGGUGAUGGUGUACCAAAUUUAAAUGAUAAUGAUUUGGAUGGUGAUGGCAUACCAAAUGAUGAAGAUGAUGAUAUGGAUGGUGAUGGAAUACCGAAUGAUCAAGAUGAUGAUAUGGAUGGUGAUGGCAUACCAAAUGACCAAGAUGAUGAUAUGGAUGGAGAUGGUAUACCAAACGUUGAUGACGAUGAUAUAGAUGGUGAUGGUAUACCAAAUGAUCAAGAUAAUGAUAUUGAUGGAGAUGGUAUACCUAAUGAUGAAGAUGAUGACAUUGAUGGCGAUGGUAUACCAAAUGUUGAUGACGAUGAUAUAGAUGGUGAUGGUAUACCAAAUGAUCAGGAUGAUGACAUUGAUGGUGAUGGUAUACCGAAUAGUGAAGAUAAUGACAUUGAUGGUGAUGGCAUACCUAAUGAUCAAGAUGACGAUAUUGACGGUGAUGGUAUACCGAACGUUGAGGAUGAUGAUAUAGAUGGCGAUGGUAUACCCAAUGAUAAGGAUGAUGACAUCGAUGGAGAUGGUAUACCUAAUGAUGCUGAUCAUGAUAUUGAUGGUGAUGGAAUACCGAAUGACAAAGACCAUGAUAUUGAUGGUGAUGGUAUACCAAAUCAUAAGGAUGACGACAUGGAUGGUGAUGGCAUACUUAACGAACACGAAAACGACACUGAUGGUGAUGGUAUACCCAAUGAAGAUGAUCAUGACAUUGAUGGCGAUGGAAUUUCAAAUGAUGAAGAUACAGACAUUGAUGGUGAUGGCAUACCUAACGAUAAAGAUCAUGAUGUCGAUGGCGAUGGCAUGCCUAAUGAUGAAGAGCCAAAGAGUUUAGAUAUUGAUGGAGAUGGCAUACUCAAUGAUAAUGACAAUGAUAUUGAUGGCGACAGUAAAUUAAAUGAACAUGACGAUGACAUGGAUGGUGAUGGUAUUUUGAAUGUACAUGAUCGUGACGUUGAUGGUGAUGGUGUGCCAAAUAUACACGAUGAUGACGAUGAUCAUAAGGAAGAAGAAGAAGUUGUUAAACGCAAAAAGCGAGAUGUCGGCGCUGAAGCAGCUCCAACAAGAGGUAAAGAAGGCGAUAUGGAUGGUGAUGGUAUACCUGAUCAUGAAGAUGACGACAAAGAUGGAGAUGGCAUACCUGAUCAUAAGGAUGAUGAUAUUGAUGGCGAUGGUAUACCUAACGAUCAAGAUGCUGAUCGCGAUGGAGAUGGUAUACCCAACGAACAUGACAGUGACGAUGGCGAAGAAUCUGAAGAGGAUACUAAACCAGAAGAUGAAUUACUUUGGGAAGGCGAAAUACCUGAAAACCUUCGUAGCCGUGAACAUAUUACAGAACUUUUGCAAUUGAAUGAAGAAUUCAAUGCUCGCGAAAAAGCUGUGGAUAAUGUUGCUGAAAUAAUUUUACGCGAUAUUAAGCGUAUUUACGAAACUGCUAUUAAACCUUUGGAGACGCUUUAUAAAUAUCGCGAUUUAAGUAAUCGCCAUUUCGGAGAUCCAGAAAUAUUUUCGAAACCUUUAAUUCUUUUCAUGGGCCCAUGGUCAGGUGGUAAAUCAUCAAUUCUGAAUUAUUUAACCGACAAUGAAUAUACAUCCAACUCUUUGAGAACUGGUGCUGAACCUUCACCAGCUUAUUUCAAUAUACUUAUGUGGGGCAAUGAAACUGAAGUUCUGGAUGGAACUCAGCUUGCCGCCGAUUACACUUUCUCCGGUCUACAAAAGUUCGGUCAGGGACUUGAAGACCGUUUAAGAGGAUUAAAGAUGCCCAACAAAUUGCUAGAAAAGGUCAAUAUUGUUGAAAUUCCCGGUAUACUUGAGGUGCGCAAGCAAGUAUCUCGUUUGUUCCCUUUCAACGAUGCUUGUCAGUGGUUUAUUGAUCGCGCCGAUAUUAUCUUCUUAGUUUAUGAUCCAGCUAAAUUAGAUGUUGGACCCGAAACUGAAGCAAUUUUAGAUCAACUUAAAGGUCGUGAAUACCAAACACGUAUAGUUCUAAAUAAGGCUGAUACUGUAAAGCCUGAAGAAUUAUUGCGUGUUCAGAGUGCUCUUAUUUGGAAUAUUUCGCCACUUAUGUCUUCAGCACAGCCACCGCUGAUGUAUACAACAUCACUGUGGUCUCAUCCAUACCAGGAAGGCGCACCGGCACGUUUACUUUUAGCACAAGAGCGUGCAUUUUUGAGAGAUUUGCGUACUGCUGUCGAUAAGAGGAUCGAGCAUAAAAUUGCUAGUGCACGUCGUUUUGCAGUGCGCGUUCGCAAUCAUGCUAAAAUGGUUGAUUGUUAUCUUAACACUUUCUACAACCAUAAGACCCUUUUCGGCAACAAAAGGCGUAUCGCCGAUGAUAUUAUAGAUCAUCCGCAAAAUUAUCAUAUUUAUGAGGGUCUUUCAACACUUACAAAUAUAUCACGUUAUGACUUACCAGAUCCUGAAGUGUAUCGUGAUUUCUUCCGUUUAAAUCCAUUAUUUGAAUUUAAGAAGUUAUCCGAAACGUGCACUUACUUCCGAGGCUGUCCAAUUACAAAAUUGGACGUGGCCAUUGCUUAUGAUUUACCUGAAUUAGCCGGUAAAUAUAAGAAAAUGUCCGAAGCUGCAUUAACGAACAUUGAAGCCAAAGAGGAAGUUGGUGACACGACACAAACCGGGACUGAGAGUUCAACAAAAAAGACUAAAAGUUGAGUGCAAAAUUUAACAAAAUUUUGCUCAUUUUUAAUUUAAAUAAAAAAAUAGUUUUGUUUCAUAAGAGAAAGAGAGAGGGACAAAAUGAAGCGUUCUCAAAUGCAACUACAUAUAAUACAAACAACAAACAAUAGAGAGAGAGCAAUAAAACAUUAUUUUUAAGAAUAUUUAAAUGCACGUUCUUUAGGAAUUUAAUAAUAUUUUGCAAAUCAAAAGCACUUAAUCAAUAUUUAGAGGAAUAAUCAAUGUAAACCUAUAAAAGGCUUAAAAUAUAGAAAGAGAGAGAAUUUAAUAGAGAGCAAUUAUAAAAAUUUUAGGAACUCUUAUAGUUUUUAAAAGCAGUUAUUGUAUUAUUUCCUAAUUUUGGGAAAUUUUUUCUCUCUCCAUGUGAAUUCAAUAGAAAUGGAGAGAGACACUGCUUUCAAUAAAAUAUUCCUUAAAUAUGUUUAAUACAACAACACUAAUAAAGAGAUUAAAAAUAGAGAGAAAGAGAGCGACUUUUUACAGUUACGCUUAAAUUAUUUAUUUGAGAAAAUCCCAGAGCUUCACAGAAAAGGCACAGAAGUUAUUGAAAUCUUAGGAAAUUCAAAAUUCUCAGAAGUCUAUCCCUUGCACGAUGUAAGAAUUUAAGGCAUUUAUUUAAUUUUUAAUUAACUUAAAAUUAUUGUUGUUAAACUUUAUGUAAAUGUCCAAUCCAAUCCGUGUUCCUGUGCUGUAAAGAUAAAUUUUGUUCAGAAAUGUUUUUUUUCUUUUUUGUUAAUUCUAGCGUACCACAAGACACUGUAUUUCUUCAUUAAAGUAAAUUCUUAAUUUUAAACUGGUUGCAUUGUAAGUUUAGACUCCGUCAUAGUUAAUAAGUUAUAAUCUUUUUUAAUAAAAAUAACAGUGGAGACGUCGCGAAAUCGUUAAAGUUUUCAAUAAUUUAAAUCAUUUUGCAGUUUAGAUAAAUGAAAUUUUGAAAAUAUUAUUUUUUUAUUUAGUUAUUAUUUGCAAAGCCAAACAAAAAUGUGGUUCAAGUCAACUGCGAUUGAUCAUUUUAAUUUAAAUAAAAAACUACAAAAACACAA